AGCAAGAUGUUUCUUGCUCUUAGCUUGUUGGUGUGUUUCCUGACAUCACCAGUAGCAGAAGCAUGCGGCGUGAAACCAUUUGGGUCCCGCAUUGUGGGUGGCGAAGAAGCAAGGCCUAAUUCGUGGCCCUGGCAAGUAUCUCUGCAAUAUCAUGGACGGCACAUAUGUGGCGCCUCCCUCCUAAACGAGAACUGGGUUUUAUCUGCCGCGCAUUGUGUCGAUCAAAGCAGUGAUCCUGGUCGAUAUUCUCUUGCUCUGGGAGCGCAUAGCAGAACCAAUGACGGACAAGUCUUUAAAGUUUCCCGCGUCAUCAAACAUCCUUCAUUCAGUAUGCAGAAUCUGCGUCAUGACGUAGCAUUAUUAAAAUUGUCGCGUGCCGUACAGCUCGGCGGAAAAAUCAACACCGUCUGCCUGCCGAAGCAUGGGUCGCGUGUCACUCAGGGAACAAAAUGUUACGUCACAGGCUGGGGAAGGAUACGGUCAAACUCCAAUGCACUUGCACCUCGCCUUAAACAAGCCUCCGCUCCAGUGGCGAGUCAUAGCGAGUGUCAACGAAAAAAUGGAGGAAUAGUACAUGAGAGUUCGAUGGUCUGUGUAGGAGGCAAAGGGAGCAGUGUCUGUAAUGGUGACAGUGGGGGCCCCUUGUCAUGUUUGGAGGAUGGUCGGUGGGUGGUCCGUGGAGCAGCCUCGUGGGUGACUAGCCGAACGUGCCCUGGUAACACCUAUUCUGUCUAUUCUCGCGUUAGCUCUUACGUAGACUGGAUCAAUGGUUACGUUCAAGGUAAGUGAUAAAGUGAAAAUAGUAAAAGGAUCUAAGAGCAUGCUCUCCUUAAAAUUUAAUUUACAUAGUCAUAUAUUUGUCUUUAGCCGUGAUAAAUCUACUAGCGUUCUAUCACGAAUGCCGUUCUCUGAUUGGCUAAGCUACUCUUUAUAUAUUCUGUUGUAGAUAGUGAGUAACCUUGCAGUGUGUUGUUCUGGGACGGUUCGGUGACGAGGAUUUAGAUGAAGUUUUCAACGACUAGUAGAUUAUUCACUCUACCAUCUGCGCCCUCGUUAACUAUCACGCGAUACUGAGAAAUCUCGAGCACAUUAUCUAAUUGUUAAUUAGCAAAAUGGAACAUAAAUCGUAUAAAAAGCAAAUUGCAAAUUGAAAAAGGUUGGAAAAUGAGGCUGGGCCAGGAAUAGUGAUGUCAUAGUGUUCUCUAAAUAUUGAUUUUGGCUAUAACUCAUUCUUGAAGUAAAACUAGUUACCUAACUAUAACUCCUUCUCACAUUAUUUUAAUUGAUGUGGCUAUGAAAUCAAUCAAAGUAGUUUGUUUAGUAGCCAAGAGAUGUGACCAACUUUUUCUCUCUAGGUGGAGGUGGUGGAGGCGGUGGAGGCGGUGGAGGUGGCGGAGGCGGUGGAGGAGGUGGAGGAGGUAGUGGUGGCGGCGGCGGUGGUGGAGGAAGUAAGUCUUCAAUUUCUUGUUUAAUCAGCACUCAGGAAAUUUCAAUUAAGAUUACGGCAGAGCUAAGUUCAACUGUACCUUGCGCAAGACUUACUCUGUGUGUGUUUUACCCUGUUGCCCUGUAGCUGACGUGCACGAGUUUCGGUGUCCUGACUUAAUUUACAUACUGAACCAACAAUCUCCUACCGCUUGUCGACGACUUUUGCAUAUUUGUAUAUUUCGUAAAAACCUAAGCUGUGAAGAUAAAGAGCAAAAUGUUCUGAUUGGGUGGAAGAGGGUUUUGCUGUGGUAAAUACUAAAACUGCAUGAGAAAAAAUUACAAGAAGAGCUGUAACCUCUGCAAGUUUCUCACAUGGCAAUAGUCUGUCGUAUCUGAAAAAACGGCGAAAAUAUCCAUAGCAUUUAUAAGAUUUCUGACAAUAAAAGGUUUCGUAAAGCACUUUAAAAUGAAAAUUAGCGAUAUGAAAAGUGAACGACG